GUUUCCCUGUCUCCUUCCAGUCCCGGGCUCAGCUCUGUCGUUUCCUUACCAUGUGCAUCUUCACAUGCACUGCCCAGCAUGCAGCAAUCAACCAAAGCCAGCUGGACUGGUUCUUCUGGGUCCCUAAUGCCCCAUCCACAAUGCGGAUGCCCCCUCCUACCACCAAGGAAGAUGUGACAAUGGCCACAGUGAUGGGUUCACUCCCUGAUGUCCGGCAAAGCUGUCUUCAGAUGUUUUUUGUGAGGACAGUGGGCCAGCAGCAGUCAGGCAUGGUACCCCUGGGGUAUCACCCAGAAGAAUAUUUCUCAGGCUCUGAGCCCAAGGCUGUUUUAAGACAACUUCAAACAGAUCUGGGCAACCUGGAAAGGGAAAUCGUGGCCCGGAAUGAGCAGCUAGACCUUCCCUAUGAAUACCUGAAGCCCAGCCUCAUAGAGAGCAGUGUUGCUCGCUGA